AUGAUUUUUGUCUACAGCACCCCACUUCUCGCCGCACUUGCCACAUUACUUUCUGUGCCCUGGAGCACAGCUGCCUCGGUGAUUCCCUCCGCCGAGCACGCCCAGAUCUCACUGGGUGGCCCCUCAGACCCCUCACUCGAGCAGAUAAACCACCCGAUCUCCUCCGAGGCCGAUGUAGGUAUCCUGACACGGCCGUCAUGGUUUACAUCUACCCUGAUGGCCCGUCGACUCUUGGCUCUCUCAACCUCCGGUGUUAUAUCGACCGUGUUCCCUAACCCACUGCCUCCCUCCGACCACGCUCCUGCCUCGGUCGCAGGGCUCCCCGUCGGACUGCGCGAAUAUAUCGCUGACUGCGACGGCGCUCUUCCAACUGAGCUCUCGCAUGGAGAUAAUGGAGAUCCCAUCGUUCUGGCGCUCCGCAUCGGCAGCACCUUCAGGAAUAUCGCUGCCGGGUCAAACCUCAGCCUCCAACUCGACUGGUGGGACCACCUGUCUGACGCCGGGCCCGUCUACCCCGGCUUGCCCCCAAGCCUCGCUGCCCUGCCUCGGGUGACGUUGUUUGGCUACCUGGACAAGCUCCCAUCCCCGCUUCCCGGUGAUGCAGCUGCCGCGCUGGACAAAUGCUUCGUGGAUGCUCAUCCGGACUCGAAGGUUUGGUUGCCCGGUGCGCCUGGGUCGCCCCAUGCGAGUUUCUGGGCUCGACUCGUGGUGAUGCAGGCUUAUUGGAUUGGCGGAUUUGGCGAUGUGCAGCAGAUCGGGUGGUUCAAUGUCACGGAGUGGAAGGGCAUCCGGCGCCACGGCAGCGUGCCAGGGAUCGGGGACGGACGGGGAUGGGAGGAUGUUCGUCUGCCGGGAGAGAAGGAGUAG